AUGAACCACGCCUCAAGACCCUGGCACGGCCAAUUGCUGGGCCUGUUGAGAACCGGAGUGCGGUUUGCGCAUUCCGGCCAGCCGCGGGGGACCAGCCAGGCGGCUCAGAGCGCCGCGGGCCAUGGCGAGGACAUCUGGGUGUUUGCCCACCGACGGUCAGAGCAGGUCAUCUACAGCUUCUCCAAGCAAUUGGAUGGAUUCCAUGACCUGAAACAGCUGCCGUUCAACGGCAAAAAGACCAAGCCCGCAAAACUUCGCAAGGACUACUGGUCACCGCUCGCCCACAUCCGAUUCCAGCCCGGCCAAGGAUCCAUCGGCCGCUCCGUAUUCCAAAAGCUGCGAGAGCUGAAGCACCUGCACGAGGUCGCGUGGGGCGACGAGAUGCGACGCAAGCGGCCGGAGGAGUACACCAGCGAGGACAAGAAGAAGAUUGCAGAGCAGAAGGAAAAGGGACUCGACUACCAGCCCAUCCGGAGCAAGAAGGAGCGCGGCCUUGCGCUCAACGCGCAGAAGAAGAAUGCCAUUGCUGAUAUCGCCUAUGUUCUGGCGGGCGGCGGCCGGGGCAACAAGCUCGUGACUGCAGAGACGGAUGCAGGCGACAAGGAGUUGGUGGACGUCACUGUGAACUGGGCCAAUGACCAGGACAAGAAGUACGCUGAAUCAUGGUCCAAGAACGUUACGCACUCUCUGCUUGAAGUGCCGGCAUAUACUUCAGGCGAGUUGCAAAAGGAGGUUGAGGCUACGAAGGAGGCUACGAAGGCG